AUGUCGUCAGUAUAUGUUAAUGAAAAGUCUGGUGCGGACAGCCCGGAGACAGCAGGAACUGUAGAGCAGCCUUUCCAAACGCCAGCGUACGCUGUGUUUGUCAACGCCGAGGCCAAGAUCUUGGUCUACAAGCAAGCAGAAGGUGGCGAUGAGAGCAAGUUUGAGUACGUUGAAAUCUCGGCUUCGGCCUUGAAAAAGGCCAGAAAGGGCGCCGAGGGGUUGAAAAAGAAGGCCGAAAAGCAAGCAAAGGCCCAAGAGGAAGCUCAAAACUUGCCCAAGGUUGCAGAGUUGGACUUGGGUUCGAUUGAGGAAGACAAGUCGUUGCGCGAAGCUCAAAAGAUCAAGUUGGGCAGUGUCCAAGAAAACGUUGACAGGCGUGUGCUAGUGCAAGGGUGGGUCCACCGUUUGAGGGUGCAAAAGGGGUUAGCGUUCAUAACGUUGAGAGACGGCACCGGGUUUUUGCAAUGCGUCUUGACGGGAGACUUGGCCAAGGCUAAACAAACUCAGCAAUUGACCAUUGAAUCUACUGUGGCCAUCAAGGGCGUUAUCUCGAAGUUACCGGAAGGCAAGACUGCGCCCGGUGGAGUCGAAUUGAAAGCCGAUUUCUACAGGAUUGUGGGUCUUGCCCCGGGAGGAGAAGACGCAUUCACCAACAAGAUCCAAGAAGGCGCCGACCCUUCGUUAUUGUUGGACCAACGCCACUUGGCAUUGAGAGGCGAGAGUCUUGCGGCAGUCAUGAAAGUCAGAGCCGCCUUCUUGACCGCCAUAAGAAGAGUAUACGCCGAAGAGGGUCUUACAGAAGUGACCCCGCCAUGUAUGGUUCAAACACAAGUGGAGGGAGGCUCGACCUUGUUCAAAAUGGACUAUUACGGAGAAGAGGCAUUCUUGACUCAAUCGUCUCAGUUGUAUUUGGAAACGUGUUUGCCCGCACUUGGUGACGUGUACUGCGUGCAAGAAUCGUUUAGAGCUGAAAAGUCCCACACGAGAAGACACUUGAGCGAGUAUACCCACAUUGAAGCCGAGUUGGCCUUUAUCACCUUUGACGAGUUGUUGACCCACAUUGAGACCUUGAUCGUCAAGACUGUGCAGUACGUUUUGGAAGACCCCGUCGCCGGCAAGUUGAUUGAACAAUUGAACCCGGGUUUCAAAGCUCCAGCGCUUCCUUUCAAGAGAAUGGAAUAUGUUGAGGCCUUGCACUGGUUGAACGAGAGGGGAAUCUUGAACGAUGAGGGAAAGCCUUACUCCUUUGGUGAUGAUAUCGCCGAGGCUCAAGAGAGGAAGAUGGUGGACACAAUCAACGUUCCCAUAUUGCUCACAAGAUUCCCCGUCGAGAUCAAAUCUUUCUACAUGCAAAAAUGCCAAGACGACGCAAGAGUCACCGAGUCUGUUGAUGUUUUGAUGCCCAACGUUGGUGAAAUCACCGGUGGUAGUAUGAGAUCUUACGACUACGCCGAUUUACUCGAAGGGUUCAAGAGAGAAAAGAUUGACCCAGCGGCAUACUAUUGGCUCUUGGACCAGCGUAAAUAUGGUACUUGCGAACACGGCGGAUACGGCUUGGGAACCGAGAGAAUCUUGGCCUGGCUAUGCGACAGAUUUACCGUUAGAGAUUGCUCCUUGUACCCAAGAUUCACCGGCAGAUGUAAACCAUAA